AUGGCGGCGUUUCGGUUGACCGUGCUAGCGGCUCUUGCCUGCUUUUCCCUGCUGUCAGUGUCACGUUUUGCAGCUGCUCAGGGGGACCCCAAUCCCAAUAUCACCACCACCUCCCUUAGUGUUUCGCCAGUCCCGACUACACCAACUACUUCUGUCAUGUCGACUACUGCCGCCAUGUCGACUACUGCCGCCAUGUCGACUACUGUCCCCCCCAUAGUGACGACGACCAUUGCUCCCACCCCUACCCCUACUGUUACCUCCUCUUCCCCCUCUCCCACCACCACCACCACCUCUACACCCACACCCACACCCACAUCCACACCGACCCCGCCAGCUCAUUCCUAUUACAUCUUAAACGCGACCACUCAUCGUGUCUGCGUUCUGGUGAUUGCCAAUGUGCAGCUGACGUUAAGCUACACCAAUACGUCGUCGAACAAGAGUGUUUCCAAAGAUUUGGCCGUCACUGGUAACUUGAAUGCCACCGUGGACCACACAAACAGCCACUGUAAUGAAAACUCCAGCACACUCCUUGUUCUUACGUUCCAAGCUGAUCCCGAUUACAACCAUAGCCUCACCUUUCAAUUUAACGAGGCGAAGGACGGUUAUGAGCUUACGUCAGUUUUAACCUACUUGAACUUCAGCGAUUCAACUUUGUUUCCGGGAUACAACACUUCUUUCACAGAUAGCGUAACUGGAAAUACAAGCAGUAUAUUUAGCGUCGGCCAAGGGAAAUCGUACAAGUGCGAUUCCUCCAAGACCUACAGCAUGGAACAAGUUCCGCAGGAUGCAGUUAAGAAUUUGAAUGUGAAGAUCUCCGGUUUGCAGGCACAGGCUUUCGAUUUCAACAACAAGAAGGACCGGUUUGACAAAAGUAUUUCCUGUACUAAGGACCAGAAGACGUCAAAGAUCGUUCCCAUAGCUGUCGGGGCAGCUCUUGCUGGUCUUGUGGUGGUCGUCCUUAUUGCCUACCUCAUUGGGCGGUUCCGUAGCCGCAAGCAGAACUCGUACGAAGCUCUAUCUUAG